AUUCCGACUCUCUCUAACAACGGGGACAGUCCAAGCUUCUCCUGAAGAAGAAUCGCAGGAACCACCAGGAUGAAGAGUCUGCUGCUGAGUCUGGUCCUUGGUCUGGUUUGUGCCCAGGAACCUCAACCUGAGCAAGAUCUCUUUGAGCUUUCAGGAAAAUGGACAACCAACUACAUAGGCUCUAGUGACCUGGAGAAGAUUGGAGCAAAUGCACCCUUCCAGGUUUUCAUGCGUAGCAUUGUAUUUGAUGACCAAGAGAGCAAAGUAUACGUCGACUUUUUUAGAAAGGAAAAUGGAAUCUGUGAAGAAUUUUCUCUGAGCGGAACCAAACUAGAAGGCAAUACUUACGAUGUUGACUACGUAGGUGACAACAGAUUUGUAAUUAAUUACGCGUCCGAAACUGCCCUGAUACUCACUAACAUCAACGUGGAUGAAGAAGGCAACAAAACCGUAAUGACGGGACUGUUGGGCAAAGGAACUGACAUUGAAGACCUAGAAAUAGAGAAGUUUAAAGAGGUGACGAGAGCGAACGGGAUUCCAGAAGAAAAUAUUGUGAACAUCAUCGGAAGAGAUGACUGUCCUGCCAAGUGAAUCAAAAGGGACUUCAACAUCACCAAACUGGUCCACGCUCCUAAACCUUUGUCCUGUUUCAUUCAUCAAUAGGAUGCAACACGAAGAACCAGGCAUCGCCAUUGCUCCAUGGAAUCAAUACCAAUGACCCACAUGCCUGGUUCCUGCCUCUUAUAAUCCUUCCCUGCCCAUGAUUAUCCCACGUCAUCUCUCCUGAUCCCUUAAUCACAUCCUCUUGGGUGGUCCUUGACUUCGGAAGGUUCAAAUAAAGGGAAUUCAUGCAGACCUGGA